GGCAGUAUGGAAAUUUCUUUCUUCAUAUCCAGGCUGGAUCUUGUUUAUCAUUUGAGCUGAUGCUACGAGGUGUAAGAAGAGUUGAGCACUUUCCCCCUUUCUUGUCACUUUUAGUGGAUGCAGACUGUUCUGUUCCCUUCAGUGUUAUCUUUUUAAGACUAAACACUCCCAGGUCCUUCAGUCUUUUUUUUUUUUUUUUUCCCCUAGGUCAUGAUUUCUACAUCCUAAGUUUUGUUUCUUUCCACUGCAAUGUCUCUGAUUUUUUGCAUCUGUUCUAUAAAGAAGAGUAUGUGAGGCUGGGUGCGGUCUGUUGGCUGAAUGUGAAUGGAAUCACUGCUUCUGUGUCACACCUACAACGUGUCUACUAAUAUGUCCCAGGAUAUGUCAUUUGUCUACUUUGUAGCAACAUAAGCAUGCUGGCUUGGAAUUAAUUUGGUAAUGAAUGUAAUGCGUGUAGGCUUUUUUUUUUUCUGGUGACACAUCAGAGUUACUGUUUUGUCACGUCCAUUUGAUUUUAUUUUUCUUUUCCCCUCAGUAUAUUGUUUUGUACUGAUCUUUACCAAGAUUGGUUUGACAGUUAUGUUAGAGGCAGGUCUAGAGUUCCUGCAGCUGGUUCAAAGCACUGCAAUAAGAUGCCACAAAAUCCUGAGCUGGUUUGAACAUGCUGUGUUGAGGGAUUUAUUUUUUCUUGAGGGGGGAAAAAAAAAAAAUGAUGGGUUUUGUAUGGGUCAGUAGAGUUUACACUUGAUCAGACGUUAUCUUGCCACAAAAAGUUGUAGUGGUUCUUGCCCAGCUAGCCAAACCAGUGUCUUCAUUGGCUCCAUCUUGCAUCCUCCCUGCCCCUGGUGUCUGUGGUCACUGCAACUCAGUGUUCUCCUUCAUGGGAGCCAGGGGACCCUGUCCUUUCAUUUUCUUUUUGAUUGCUCACUGCAGCUGGACCUUCCUCCUGCAGUGAUUUUUUUAGCUCAGGGACUGAAACUGGAAAAGGGCCAAGUCUUUUAAAAAAAAAAAAAGCAAACAGUUUUUCCUGCUAGUUUGUUCUGACCCUGCUCACUCAUGGAGUCAGGUCUGAACGUGGGGAGGGGAAGCUUCACGAGGGCGAUGGAGAGAAGGGGCAACACCACCUUUUUCAGCUGCAGUGAGCCUUUACAUUGGUUCCAACACCCUGAAUUUUGCCUUGAUGAUUUCAGGCCCCUUUUCUGUCUGGCUGUUACUUAAUGCUUUGCUAUCUUUAUCACUUUCUUAUCUUGUAGGUAACUGCAAACUGAUCAUUUAACUUGAUCAAGAAUAUUUCAGAGGAUUGAAGUUACUGGUCUGUAACUUAAGUCUUCUCCCACCUUUUUUUUUCUUUUUAUAAAGAGACCGGCCAGCCUGGCUGAGACCACUUAGCGAUGACAAAACAAAAGCUUCUGCUUGAUGGGACACUCUCCUUGUUUCUAAUCGUGGCCUGUGAAGCUCAGCAGCUCCCGAGGAGUCAUGUUGCUGCGAGUUCUGGUCCUCUGUGUGAGAAGGAGGCAGAGUCCUGGGGAAACCUUUUCAGCAGCGAGCGGCUGGAUGCCUGGAUUUGUUCCCUCAUCGGUUCGUUCAUGGUGGGGCUGAGUGGGGUCUUCCCCUUGCUGGUGAUCCCAUUUGAGACAGGAGCUGCCCUGCGGUCAGAAGCUGGAUCACACCGUUUGAAGCAGUUGUUGAGUUUUGCAAUUGGAGGACUACUGGGGAAUGUGUUUCUGCACCUGCUUCCCGAAGCCUGGGCCUACACAUGCAGUGCAACGACAGGAGAAGGGCAGAGCUUUCAGCAGCAGAAGCUUCUGGGUCUCUGGGUGAUCAUUGGUUUCCUGACUUUCCUCAUUCUAGAGAAGAUCUUCCUGGAGAAAGAAGAGAAGGAGUGCCCUGGUGUGGGCUGUGAUUCCAAAGCACCAGCUAGAAAGAUUCCCAAUGGAAGUGGCUACCCGCUGCCGAAGGUGGCAGGCCAAUCCCAAAGAGCAGGAAAGGGUUCAACUCAGUGUAACGGCUCCUCUCUCCAGUCGUGUCCAAAAGACAACAGAAUCAAGAUUAGUGGAUACCUCAAUCUGCUGGCCAACACCAUCGAUAACUUCACACAUGGCCUGGCAGUAGCAGCCAGCUUCCUGGUCAGCAGAAAGGUUGGAUUCCUAACCACAAUGGCCAUUCUCCUGCAUGAAAUCCCACAUGAGGUUGGAGACUUUGCAAUCCUCCUUCGGGCUGGCUUUGACCGCUGGAGUGCAGCCAAGAUGCAGCUUUCCACAGCUCUGGGGGGGAUUCUAGGAGCCUGCUUUGCAAUAUGUGCUCAGUCACCCAAAGGAGCAGGGGAAACGGUAGCCUGGAUCCUUCCUUUCACUUCUGGAGGAUUUCUGUAUAUUGCCUUGGUAAAUGUCGUGCCUGAUCUCCUGGAGGAAAAGAACCCUUGGAACUCCCUGCAGCAAAUUCUGCUCCUGUGUACAGGCAUUACAGUCAUGGUGCUACUCUCGCUCACAACUGAGUGACCUCUGCGCAGACCUCAUGAUGCCUCCCAGAGCCACCACGGUGACUCUGAGCUGUUACAAAGCAAUAAGGAACACUAAUGUUACUUCCUAUGUGUGAGUGUGCAGAUCUGGCUGCUAGUAUGAGAAGCAGGUGAGAAAGAGGUCUGGGUGUGCAAGACUUCAUUCCCUGGCUCUCCUAUCCCUGUUCUGCUAAAAUCCACACAUUGGGUCUUUUGGGUUUUUUUGUUAGUUUGGUUUUUGUUUUUUUUUUUUAUGGAGCAAAAGAUAACAGUGAGCAGAAAUGAACUGAACAACUGCUCCACAGCAAAUGGACAAUAUUUCAUUCUGUUCAUUCUGAUGGAACUGCACCUCCCAAGCUCUUGUGUGAAAACAACAGAGGCGAUUCCUGUAGCUGAUGAAGAGGAAGCACUUUUCCUACCACUCUAAUGGCUGGAGGCAGAACAAGAAUGGCAAAGAAACAAUAAGCUAACAGCUUUAGCCAGAGCUCCCUGCCCACGAGAAGUUACGGUGCUAUGAGAUAGAGGGGAAAAGACCCUUUCCAAGUUGAUCUCCGGCUUUUCAUUGACAUCACUUGUUCCUAAAGAUAGUAUUAGCCUCAGCAGCCCACCUCUUUGGUCUAUUUUGUAUUUGUUUAUGCUGAAAUCGAACCAAAAGCUUGAGGCACUUUAGGAUAGGUCACUACAAUUAAAUGGCUCAGCUUGGAGAUUACUUGCCUCAGCCCAAACCACUCCAAUAGCCAGCACACCUAGCUGUUUAUCUGAAAAGCAGUCAGUAAAUGUUUCUUCUGUUGCCAUACUACCAGCUCACCUACGUCUGGAAGGAAGGCCACGUGGCUGUUGUGACAGAGCUCCCUCUCUUCAUACCCAUUAGCUGAACAUGGCUCUCAGCCCGCUUUCGAGACCCAACUCACCCACCCUCUACUCCACACCAAAGUUUCAGAGCUCUCUUGAGGUGUAGCCUGUUAGCCCUGCCUGGCACACUGCAGCAGUCCUAGACUGUCAUGGCAGAGGUCUAAGCAGUUUGGGCAAAAGUUGAGCGCUACAGCCUGGUCAGGAGCCGAUGACCCACAGGUAGCUUUUCCUCUGUCAAUUGUAGACUAUUUAAGAACGUGCUAUAACCAAAAAUAUCAAUGGUGGCCUAUUUCCGGGCUUCUUACCUCACGGUGGAGUUAGUCUGUUGGGGACAAAGGGAUAAGAAGUAAUGCUGACAGCCUUUAAAGGAAGGGGCACAGCAGGAAAUAAUACUGAAGGGAGGGUGAAGUGGGAAGGGUGAAACUUCUGGGGAAAAGAUUUUAAAAAACAGGUCUAGAAAAGCUAUGUGCUAAAUUAGGAGAGAAAGGGAUGUGAAAGGGUGACAGUAAGUAUGCUUUAAGACGAGUUUUCUGUUGGGAUAAAUUUUUUGGCGAUUUGAGACCAGUAAAAAUAAAAUGCAUUUCUAGUGCUUUUCCACAUCCCAGCUCCCAGGGCUGACCAGGCCAGUGUUCCCCAGGGAUAUUUUGUUGCCACAGAGAUGUGCACAAUUACUAGAUCAUCCCUUCUGCAGAGCGUAUCCUCACUUUGCUUAAAUCUGUUUAAAAUCAGGUCUAAUUGAACUAGCGGAGUCGUUGGACACAAAACGGGUGCCACAGCGCGUAUUACACCAACUCAGCUCUCUUUUAAACAGCGUUGAUAAAUCAGUACAGCUCUCCAGUCUGCACAGGGCCUUAUCGAGAGGGCGAUUCGGGUCAGCAACGGGGCAGGUAUGCUGCCCACGGCAGAGGCAUUUAAUUCCCUAAGAGAUUCCUGAACUGUUGACACAGUUCUUUUUUUAUGACAGCUCCUGUCCUACUUUUCAGAGAGCGCCGGAGAGCUUGUGCUUGCAGUUCUCUCUGCCCAGGAACUGCUGUUUAAAAUUUUUUUUUUCAGCUUUCCUUACCCCAGGCUUACAUCAGUAACCAGUUUCACUGCAACAACAAGGGAGGCUUAGUGCAAUGUUUUUAUUCCUCUUUACAAAAUUGCCUUCCUUUGCCAAUUUACUCCCUCUAUCAUUCAGUUGUCACGAAGGUAGCAUCCGCUUCCUGCUUUCCUGGAAGGAGGAUUAAUCCAACUGGGGAGUUUGCUAAACCCUCUUGUUCUAGCUUUGGAGAGUUUUUUCCACCCUUUCCCCAAGGACUGAAGCGAAAGCGGACCAUGUAGUAGGGCUCUGGAGGAAGCAGGUUUGCACAGAAGGGAUGUGCCUGCUGUUUCCCAAGGUGGCUUUCUCGAAAUGAGGUUGGCAUUUAAGUUGAGGCCUUGCCAGGUGAGUGCCCGUGAGUUGGCCUUGUUGCAUCAGCGCUGAGCCUUGCCAAGACUGAAAGCCACAGUCAGGGUUUUGUGCUCAGCGUUCAGGAAUGUGAAGCGGAUGACACUGAAGAAAGAAUUCCUGAGUUGUUUUUUUUGGCUGCUCCCACGGGCUCGGACAGUC